AAAAGAGGGAGAGGGAAGGGAUUGGUCAGCGGCUGACCCAUUUGCUCAGCUCUCCAUGUAGCAGACUGAGCGAUCUCCGGCUCUCUCCCCUCCGUCCCCCACCCACCCGAUCUGGGAAGCUCCCCGUCUCGGCCUCCCCUUCCCUCCUCCCUGCAGCUCCUGCACCCCUAGAUCCCUCCAGCUGCUUCCUGCGGGUCCCCUCCGGCCCCCGACCAUGACCGUGGAGCCCCGGACCGUGGUGGCCACGGUGGAAAACGGACAACAGGACGCCGUCCUGCGGGUGCUGCAGAUCUACAACAAGGAGAAAUCCCAGUGCUUUACGUUCGAAGAUGAAGAGCGGGAAGACCGAAAGAAAAUGGGGCAGCUGCUGAUCGAGUUCCUGGAGCGAGACCUGCAGCCGUCCUGUCAGGUGACGUGCCUGGAGGCCAUCCGCAUCCUGUCCCGGGACAAGGGUUGCCUGGACCCGUUCACCAGCCGGGAGAGCCUGCAGACCCUGGCCCGCCACGCGGGCAUCCAGUACUCGGAGGAGUUCGUGCGGGAGCUGCUCGACCUGGACGUGACCCUGGAGGCCCUCAAGUGCCUGUGCAAUAUCGUCUUCAGCAGCCCGCGGGCCCAGGCGCUGACCGCCGAGGCCCAGCUGGUCGUCGGCCUGACCGAGCGGGUCAAGCUGUACAACCAGGGGAGCGUCCCCCACGACGUCAAGUUCUUCGACCUGCGCCUCCUCUUCCUGCUGUCCGCCCUGCGGGUGGACGUCCGGCAGCAGCUGGCCCGGGACCUCCGGGGGGUCAGCCUCCUGACCGACGCCCUGGAGCUGACCCUGGGGGCCACCUGGCUGGACCCCCACGAGGUGGCCGCCGAGUGGAGCCCCCCGCCGCCCCUGCCCCGCCAGGAGACCGAGCGGGCCAUGGAGAUCCUCAAGGUGCUCUUCAACAUCACCUUCGACUCCAACAAGAAGGAGGCCGACGAGGAAGACGCUGCCCUGUUCCGGCACCUGGGCGCCCUUCUGCGCCACUGUUUGAUGAUUUCCGCUGACGGGGAUGACCGGACCGAGGAGUUCCACAGCCACACCGUCAACCUGCUGGGCAACCUGCCCCUCAAGUGUCUCGAUGUCCUCCUGACCCCCAAGCUGCACCCGGGCUCUUUGGAGUACAUGGGGGUGAACAUGGACGCGGUCAACGUCCUCCUGGACUUCUUAGAGCGCCGCCUGGACAGGGGCCACAAGCUGAAGGAGAGUGUGACCCCUGUGCUGAAUCUGCUGACCGAGAGCUCCCGUGUCCACCGCCAGACUCGAAAAUUCCUCAAAGCCAAGGUGCUGCCUCCGCUGCGGGAUGUGAGGAACCGCCCCGAGGUCGGGAACCUGCUGCGGAACAAGCUGGUGCGCCUCAUGACCCACAUCGACACCGACGUGAAGCACUGCUCCGCCGAGUUCCUCUUCGUGCUCUGCAAGGAGAGCGUGUCCCGGUUCGUGAAGUACACCGGCUACGGGAACGCGGCCGGCCUCCUCGCCGCCCGGGGCCUCAUGGUCCCCGGCCACAGCCGGGUGGAGGGCGAGUACUCGGAGGACGAGGACACGGACACGGAGGAAUACAAGGAAGCUAAGCCCAACAUUAACCCGGUGACAGGGCGCGUGGAGGAGAAGCUCCCUAACCCCAUGGAGGGGAUGACGGAGGAGCAGAAGGAGUACGAAGCCAUGAAGCUGGUGAACAUGUUUGACAAGCUCUCCAGGCAACAAGUUAUUCGGCCCAUGGGGAUGAGCCCGGGGGGGACCCUCACGUCUCUGCAGGAGGUGAUGCGCCAGUUGGCCGAGGAGAGGUCAUCGGACGACUCGGACCUGGGCUUGGAUUGACCAACCCACCCCGCCCCCUCCGCCCCCGCCCCCGGGACCGCCGGCCCCCUCCGCUCUCCUUCCAGGAUCGGGGCCGCAGCCGGGGGGCUAGGGCUGGGAUCCCCUCAUUCCCAGCGGGCGUCGGGGCCGGUCACCUCCUGAACCCAACAGAGCGAGGCCCCGUCCCCUCCACGGACAGGAAAUCCCACCCCCACGCCUCCCCGCACCCUCUCUCUCUCUUCCCCCAGAUCUCUCCCCGUCUCGACUCCCAACCCCCAGACUCUCCUGGGAUUUGGGAGGGUUGGCGCCCUACAGAUCCCAGGAGCCUCGAGGCCCAUCUGCUCAUCCCCAGAGAUCAGGGAAGGGAGGGGGAGAAGGAAAGAACCCUUGCCUCACCUCCCCCAAAACACGAGAGGUCGGGAGCGGGCAGAACGGCGAGGGAAGGAGGCCCGGUGUCCGGGGAUGGGGCUUGGGGGUAGAGGGGUGAGGCCCCGAGCUGGGGCACGUAGGAGAGGGCGUGCGUGUGGGGAGGGGAGGGUGGGUGUGGGCCCGGGCGGGUGUGCGUGGCAUCUAUCGCUAGGGACAGGCGGCCCCAGGAACGGAAGGGCGGGCGGACGGGCACCUCCGAGCCGGCCCGGGGGCAGGCAGGCGGGCGGCGUCUCCCUCCCUGCAGAACUGCCAACCGGGGCCCGCGAUGCGGUUCCGGCUGGGGAAGGGAGUCGGGGUGCACGGGGGCGAGGACCUCGGCGGGGCGGGGGGUGGGGGGAAGGGGGCCGCAGGCAUGCCCGCUCCCAAGGCGGCGAGCGGGCGCGAGCUCUGCCCCCCGGAGCCGGGUGUGUGGGUCUGGGUGGCCAUCCCUCUGCUGCUCCCAUCUUUCCCGGAGACGGAGAGUCUCCACUGGCUUGCGCUGCCCGCUUUGACGCCUCUGAACCCGUAGUCCUUUCUACUUGUGACUUGUGAGCAGCCCCCCCGCCCCCCUCUCCCCUCACACUUAGCUUAGACCUUAUUUAUUUGAAGGAAAAAAAACCACAAAAAAAACCAAAACCUUCCGAUGUGUCUGUGUACUGAGGUUUGCAGAGUAGAGCGCUAUAGCUGUGAACGCAUUGUGCUGGAAUAAAGAACCGUUUCUGGCC